AUGCGCCUCGCGGACGCGUCGCGCGCGCUCGCGCCGCGCUGGACUCGUCGCGCCGACGUCCAAUUGGUCGUCGCGUGCGCGCUCACGACGCUCCUCGGCGGCGCGCUGCAGCUGCACAAGCUCGCGUCGCUCGACGCCGCGGGACGGGAAUUCGCGGAGACGUCGACCGCGGCCAAGGUGUCGUUCUUGCUGCCGUUCGCGCUGGCGAAGAGCUGCGCGAACUUGGUCGUCGGCGCGGUGGCGGACGCGCGCGGACGGCGACGCGUCGUCGUCGCGGGAUGGAGCGUCGCGAUCGCGGCGCCGGCGUUGGGAAUGAUCGCGGGAGCGCGGAAAUCGUUCGGCGUCGUGACGAUGUCGGCGUUUUUCCUCGGCAGCGCGCAAGGGUUGACGUGGACGGCGCUCGUGCUCGCGAGCGUGGACCUGUGCGGGAAGGCGCGCAGAGGGUUCGCGUCGGGGUUGAACGAGACGAUCGGAUACACCGCGAUCGCAAUUUUCGCAGAGUUUUACGGUUCCAUGGAGCGCUCGGGGGUGCGGUGCGCGUGGACGACGCAGACGCCGUCGGCGGCGUGCUCGGCGGCGAACGCGGCGCAGACGUGCGCGGUGGCGGACGAUUGGGUGAAAGCGUGCGUGGGCGAGUGCGCGUGCGAUGGGUACAUGCGCGUGCCGAUGGGCAUCGAGCUCAUGAUGUGUUUAAUAGGCUUGUUGGUGUCGAUAUUCGUAUUUAAGGAGACGUUGGCGACGUUGGCGGCGGGGCGGCGUUUCGACGUCGCGUGGGCGAGCGAAAUUCCAGAAGAGGACGACAAAGAGUUGCGCGGGCGAGAUUGCGAAAGCAGCGACGGCGGUUCCCUACAGGUGAUACCCGCGCCGAACGAGAGUUUGAAAGAGGCGAUGAUUCGCACGACGUGGCGUAAUAAGAACACCGCCGUCGUGUGUUACGCGGCGUUUUGCGCAAACUUUGAAACCGCCGUGGCGUGGGGGCUCAUGUCCGUGUGGGCGCGCGACCAACUCGGGUUAACCGGACGCGAGCGCGACUUUUUCACUGGGUGCUACUCGUUCAUGAAAGGUUUCACCCAAAUCGCAUCUGGGUUGAUGAGCGACAAAAUCGGACGUAAGCUGCCGAUGUCGUUUGGCUUGAUUGGCGGAGCCGUGGCGCUCCUCGUCGCCACGUUCGGUGCUGGUUUCCACGGCAAGUUCAUGUCCGGAAGCCCCGAUGCGACAGAACUCAGAGCUAUGCAACUGGCAUAUUUAACUUUAUCCUCCGUGGCUCUCGGCUUCUGUACGGGCGUGACGUAUCCCGUCCUCGCCGCCGCCGCCGUCGACCACGCGCCGGACGAGCGCCAUUACGCCUCCACCUUAGGUGUCGUUAGAUUCUGGCGAGAUUUAGGUUACGUCAUGGGCGUCCCGAUAGCCGCCAUCGCCGAUUCCGCCAGCGCCGAACUCGCGCUCAUCUUAGUCUCCAUCGUCAUGGCCACCGCUGGGUACGGCGUGCACAAGACGUACGAAGAGCGUCUCGGCGGCGCCGACCCGCACGCCGACGGCUACGCCCACACUCCAGUCGCCGACGCCGAUCGCGAAGACGACUUCAACGACGAACCCAUCACCACCACCGCGAUCGAAAUGUCCCCUCGCGCGUGA